UUGAUGAUUAUGGACUGCAAAUUACUAGUAUUAAUCCAGCUUAGUGUUUUUUGUGCAUUUUUUCAAGAAAUCAAUCCUGCCACUAUACAUCAUGCUUCUACAACCAGAAAAAUGACAACAAAGGCAACAACUACAACUCAUCGUCCAACCCCAGAACACGGAGAAUGGUCAAACUCUUACUACUACUACGAUCAUAUUGCCCACUUCCUUUGCCAUUUUCACUCCUCCAGGCUUGUACAAUACUGCCACUGCUACCAUGUUCCAUAUCAACAUCGGAGUGAUCUGCAUUCUCCUUUAAAGAUGUAUGAAAUGGAGAAACAUAUGGCGGAACUGUACAUGGCUGGGAACCAUGUAUUGAUGCAUGAUCUUCUAAUGUACAGCAAAGCUAGUUACGACAUGUGCCACAACCAUGGAAAAAGGCCAAAUGUCACCAUAUAUAUGUUGUACGACAACCACUGACCAGACAGAGAUAUCCUGUCAUUAAAUAAUACUUGUCUUAC